GCCCAACUCGUAACACGUGUUCCACUCUCGUCUCUCGCCUCUCUUUGUAUAUCUCCGAUUGCUUGUCUCUUCCAGCUCUGUCGGUUUCACCAGAACGACCGAGUCGGAACUACCUCCGCUAUAAUCUCAAUACCUCCUCUAGAACGGGUACGCGUUUUCUAAAACUGGAUUCGACCGCUGGACCAUGGCAGAUUGGUGAUUGGCUGAAACGGUAGAGCGUGACCAAGCGAAGAUUCAUUUUCACGGACAAGAUCGAGGAUUUGUCGCACUUGUUUCGAAAAUUGGAAAAGUCAAUUCGAAACGAAAAUGGCGUAUAAUUUCCAACACAACAAGUCGCCACAGCCUUUUGGCGGGCGCGGAAAGCAGAGCGACGGUGCUGCAUCAUCACGCAAUAUUGGCGUUCCAGCUGCUCCUGCCAGUCCGUUCCGGCCGGCCUCUUCGAGUCCGCUACCCAUGGCUCCGCGAAUGUCUGCACCGAUGGACCUUCACGCAGCCAGUCCGGGACCGAUGAUGCUCAGGCGACAGCUACUUUCGCCACCGUGCGGCUCAUCGGCUUCUCCGCAAUCUUCGCCUUGCCCGUCGCCCGUUGCCGGCGCUCGCCUCCGGCCUCAUUCCAUAGCCCUGACAUCAGCGGAAGGUGGUGGUGGCUCUCCUCAACAACAGUUGCAACACUUUUUGGGUUUCGGUAGCGGAUCGCAAAGCGCUUUCCAACCGGUUCCGGCCGUCGUUCGUCGACAGGCCCCGUCAGCCGCUGGCAACGGCCGCAAUGGAUCUGUUUCACCACGACCGGCUUCUUGGGUUGGAAGUCAUUCAUCUUCGCACGGACCUGGACCUAUGUCACCCAGUUCCGUUCUUUCGGCCGGCUCGUUCGAGUGGGGCUACGUACCCGAACCUGGCCAGCCAUCAUCAGCCGACAUGAUUGCCUCACAAUCGCAAGACUACAUAGACGAACGCCUACAAGAAUUUCAGGCCACCAUCGUCCAGCUGCAAAAUGAGCAAGAACGAGUGCAAAAGAAGACCUUCGUCAACUGGAUUAACUCGUACCUCUCGAAGCGAGUUCCACCGCUUCGAGUGGAUAACUUGAUCGAAGACUUGAAGGAUGGCGUUAAACUCAUUGCGCUGCUGGAAGUCCUGGCCAACACAAAACUGCCGGUCGAGAAGGGAAAAAAUAUGAAGAAGGCCCACUUUCUCAGCAAUGCCGACACGGCCAUGAAUUUUCUGCGCUCCAAACAGAUUAAAUUGGUGAAUAUCAACCCGUCAGACAUCAUCGAGGGUAAACCAUCUGUCGUUCUUGGUUUGAUAUGGACCAUCAUUCUCUACUUCCAGAUUGAAGAAAACACAAAAAUAUUGGAGUUGGGUCCUCGUCCUAGCAGUUGCAGCAGCUUAGAAAGCAGCGCUGGCCUGAGAGCCAGUCCUGCCCAGUUGCAACAUCAACCUCAAUAUUCGGCGGAGAAGAAAUCUUCGUCCGUUUCUGCCGGUCCGGCAGAAACCCGACAGCCCGCACGUGAUAGGACAGGAGCCCGUAAAGCGCUCCUCCAAUGGGCCCAAAGUGCCACCAAAGAAACAACGGGUGUGGUGGUGAACGAUUUUGGAACAAGUUGGCGAGAUGGUACGGCCUUUAUUGCUAUCGUCAAUUGUAUUCAACCGGGCACCAUCGAUGCGGAAGCGUACCGCAACGCGCCCAAUCGCGUACGUCUCGAGGCCGCGUUCCAGGCAGCAGAGCAAAAUCUGGGUGUUGCUCGUCUCCUGGACUCAGAAGACGUCGAUGUCAACAAGCCAGACGACAAAUCCAUUAUGACGUACGUUGCUCAGUUUUUACACAAAUAUCCCGAACCGGGCAAAGGGAAAAAACCUGGCGAAGCCGGAAGUGCUCCGUCCCUGGAACAGCAACAGUAUCGCGAUUUCGUCGCUUGGCUUAACAGUAAAAACUCUUUGCUGGAACAACUGCAAGGCGGCAAAGGUUAUGGUUUAGAGUACAAGGAUUAUGAGCAGCUGAAAACGGAAUUCGAAGCCCAGCAGCGCGUCCUGGAGCAUUUGCGCGCAGUGGUUCAUCAACCUGGACGCGGGAUACCCGGCGUUACUUACGAGUCAUGGCAACAAGUCGAACUGUCAUGGCAGAAGCUCGAGACGCAGCUGCGCCAUUGGCAAUGGACACUGGACACGAGCUUACCAGGGAUGCUGGGCCAGGUCGGCGAAUGGCUCAACAACGCCGAACAUCUUCUCUGCUCUGAAGAUGUGCCGCCCAACUUUGACGACGAAGCCGCCAACGCUUUGAAAGUCAAACUAGAUGAACAUAAACAUUUCUUCGCCGAAUUGCCAGCCAUAAAUGCGGCUUUUGAUAGCGCCAUCGGUGAAUCGUUGCCGACUGGCGUGUCAGCUGGACAAAUCCAGGAUAUAGCCGCACGUCUACAAAUCUUACCGGAACGUGCCGCCCAUCGCGCAGCACGUCUUCGCUUCCUCGAACACAAAUGCUGCAUUUUGGCGUUCCUAGAUUUGACUGAAUCCAAAUUGAAAGCUUGGUCCGUCCGCUACGGGACCGAGGAGACCAUUAUUCUCAUGCUGGAACAGUACCGUGUCUUUGUGUCGCGAAAUAAACUUUUUCAAGAAUUUGAAAAGGCCUUCGCCGAAAUGCAGCAAGUCGCCGAAGAGUAUAAACGUGAGUCACGAACGAUGGAGCUUCGCGAACUCAACGAGAUUGACCAAUUCAUUUACAGCUCGGGCGAGAGAUGGCGUGUGCUUUCGACCGGUCUCCGCUGCGCUCAAGGAAUCCUUGAGGAAGUUUUGACCUACUGGAAGCGAUGGAACGCUCAGUGUCCUGCUUUCGAGCAAUGGCUCAAUGUUGCCGAACCCAUGCAACUGAACACAGAUUCCGAAGAAGAGAAAAUGGAGUUCUUUCAAGACAUCGGCACGUGGAAGGAAAAAUACGAGCAACUGGGCGAGACGGCAGCGUUUCUGGUUACCACUUGCGAACCCAGUAUUUCAAGGUCGAUUAAAUUGCGUAUCGAUGAGAUAACAAGUCGCUGGGAAUCAUUAUUCGAUAACGUCCGACAUUACCUUCAAGCUGGGGAGAUCCUCCGCCAUCGCAAAGAGUACCGACAAGGAUCGGAGAAGUUGGAGAAAUGGAUCGUCCGAGCUAAUGAGCUUCUCUCUUCGAUUCCGGUCGGCAAUUUAGAAUCGAUGAAACGUUAUGGCGAUGAUUUGCAGCAGCUCUACUCUAGUGUCGAUGAAAUGGAACAAGUACAGAAGCACAUCAGCCGUCACUUUCAAUCGCUCGUGUCCGAGCUCAGCACUGACGAGCUGCAGGCCAUUAGCGGUUCGCUGAAACGGCAAAAGGAGACGCUGGUCCGAAUUCGAGCGCUCAUUGCUGUGCGCAUUCAACAGUACCACCAACUACGCACGCAAAAAGAAUCGUUGGAAGUUGGAAUCGCAGAAAUCGAAAACUGGCUCACCGAGGCACAGAAAGCCCUGGAAUCUUUGACUAAACUGGACACGGACCUAGAAGCCACUACGCAAGGACUGGAGAGUCAUCAGGCUUUCUUCUCCCGUCUCGUAAACUACAAACUCCUGCUGGACGACAAAUGGAAAGUCUUUGAAACGAUGAUCAGGUCCAGCCCGGCCUUACCGUCACAAGGCCCAAAUAGCGAUGACGAAGACUUAUUGGCUACCCGUCAAAAACUGGAAUACUUGACGGCUGGCAUUGCAGAAGUCACGAACGAUUCGCAUGAAUGGGAAGUCCGUCUAAUGGAUGGUAUUCAAGCUUGGAGAUAUUAUCAGGAAUCGUUGCGAUUGACGACGCAAUGGAUUCAUCGUGCUGAGUCACUGCUGAUGGCCGAGAAGAACGCCAAUGCCCAGCAAUCGCUGGAAUUGCAUGCAUCCUUCUUUAACGCGGUUGACGAACGUCUAGUUAACAAUCUUCAAGCUGCAGCUACUCAACUCUUACAAUGGCUGCCUGCUGAAUCGAUGAGAAAGAUGACAGUAUCAGAUGCUGCGCAGACGACAUUAGAGAAUUGGCGACGUCUCAUUGGCCUGGCUCCAGUGCAUCGUAUGAAAUUGGAAUUCCUACUGGAUCAAGACGCUUUUGCUAAUUUGGCUCGUGAUGUUGAUCAACAACUGAUAGCCGAACAACAGGCGCUCUCUCUCAGCGGUACCAAUACGGCCCAAUUGCUGGAACAACAUCUUCUCUGGUUCGGAACGCCGGCCGGACCGGCUGUCAGCCAGGCCCGUGUGCUAGUGGAGAGACUGGAACACACAGCUGCGUGCAUCCCUGAUGUAGAGAUUCAACAGGCUUUCGAGAACGUGCGUAAUCAAUGGAAUACGCUGAUGCAGCGGGCCGAUUGGCUCCUUGGCCAGCUGCAGGCUAUUCCGCAAAAAUGGAACGAAUAUCAAAUCCAUUUUGAUGAUAUGGUGCGAUGGAUGGGCAUGGUGGAUCAAACGAUCGCCAACAUGUCGGUAGACGCCCAGUCCCUGGACAAUUUCAAUCGUCUUCGCGAAGAGUUCCAGUCUACCUGCAGUGACGUGGAUGCCCGUCGUGAAAGCAUGAAAUGGCUUGUCCAGCGACUGGAUUCCAUGUUAGGCUACAAAUCGGAAGAAGAAGGAAAUAUGGCCCAGCACCAAUUGGAGGAAUUGAUUGCCCGCUACAAGAAUCUGGUACUCGUCAUUGAAUCGACUCAAGCCAAGACGGACCUGCUCACUAAAUGCUAUACUUGUCGCCAAGAGAUACACAAGACUUGCGCCGCUUUGGAAGCUAUUCAACCGAUGGUUUCAGCAGAACAAGAGAGUAAUGAUUUAUUGUCAUUGGAUGCUGAUACUUUGAAACAAGAAGCCGUGGUGAAAGAGCUUGACGGACAACGGGUAGCCAUUGUCAGCUUGUUACAGCGUGGCAAAGACCUUCAGCAUCAUCAAGGAGCUCCUGAAUUUCUUGCUGAACAAGUGCAUCACCUCGAAACGGUUUGGAAUGACACUUUCGAAUUGGCCAACAAUAAACUAAAGAAACUUAAAGGAUCUGGACGCUUGUGGCGUGACUACCAGGAACAGAAGGCUGACAUCAAUCAAUUGCUGCACAAAGCGGAAGAAGAAUUGAAACAGUGCUAUUCGAAUUUCGAUCCGCUUAAAAUCGGUAGUGAGCUUAAAGCCCGUCUCGAGGCCGGUGUUGAACUGCGCCAGGCCACCGACGAUAUCUUGCGUAAAAUGCGUCAGAUUUUGGACGAACUGAAUCACUGCGUCAGCAUCGAGCAACGCCGUUCCCUCGAAGAAGAGUUGCGUGAAAUUGAGAGGCGGACCGAAUCGAUCCGCUCACUUAGCCUGGACAAGAUCGCAUUGUUGGAUGAAUUCAGCUCACGGUUGAAAGCACUCAUGGCACAGGUGGAAUCCAUUGUCAAUUGGCUCCAAAUGGCUCAGAAGCUCCUUCAGCAGUUACUGUCUUUGAAUUUAUCACCUCAAGAACGAGUCAAACGAACGGAAGAACUCCAAACUUCCAUCACCGAAAAGAUGGAACUACUUUUAACGAUCCAGCAAGAAGUGGCCGAAUUGCUUGCCAUGCAGCAAUCCGCAGAUCCUUCGUCCGGACCUCCUUUGACGUCUCAACGUCUUUUAGGCGUUGACGUUGCUGGCUUACGUAACACUAUCACGCAAAUGAGCGCAGCUGUCCAGGAGCAAAGUCAAAGCGUUUUCCAGGAUAUGGAACAUUGGCGAGAAUACGACGACCAGGCCAACGAAGUUAAACCCUGGCUGGACGACGCCGAGAAGCGAACAGCUGUCAUCAUUACCCGGCCCAGCACCGUUUCGGAGAUGGAAUCAUUGCUGGACGCUGCCCGUGUUUUCGAGGACGAAUGCAAACGGCAACUGAUCAAACUGCAGCAAAUGUCUUCCCAUUGCCAACAAAUGUUUAACCAGUCCAGCACUCGCGACGAAGUAGAUGCUCUGCACAGCCGCUGGAACGGUGUUCACGAUACGGUGGUACAGCAACUUCAGCGUUUGGAACACUUGCAAGAUACGUGGACGAAAGUGAUUAGUAAAAUGGAUUCCAUCGUUGAAUGGCUUGAUUCUGUCGAAACUCAACUUGAUUCACUGCAACAACUUUCUUCCAACUUGGGCAGCCUUGAAAAUCAACUGGGUGACUUGAAGAAUGUCAUGAAAGGAGCUUCUGAAAAGCAAUCGGAUUUAAUUGUGCUGACGCAAGAGUGUGAUACGAUUGUUCCUCAACUCUCCCCGGAAGGAGCGGCAAAUUUGCGUUGCCAGGUGAUGGAUUUGAAGAGUCGUGUUUCUCAGCUGUCCGAUUCUGCCCGCCACCAGAUCAAUACAGUGUCAGAUGCCAUUGUUCAAAGGCAAGAUUUACUUGGCCGAGAAACGGAGCUGGUUCAAGCGUUCCGCGAGACCGAAGAGGGUUUGAAACAGCUGAGCGAAGUGGAUGUACGCCACUUGGAUGCCCCGCUUGAAACGGCACAUCAGCUGUUGCAACAUUUGGAAAACCAGCAGCCUCGGGUAAACGCCUUGCAAGCGGAGAUAAGCCAACUACAAGAUACUUGCACCCCGGAAGAAAGGGCCGUCUUAGCCGAAAAAUCUAAGGAACUGGACCAAACGACAAAGGGAUUGGUGUCCAGACUUACUGGUAAGAAUGACUGCUUGAAACGCUGGAACGCUUUGGCCGGCUGGUCAUUGGCUGCCAAUGAUCAACUGAGUCAUGUCUUACAGCAACUUGAAGACCAGAAACCUGGAGCUCAAGAACUUGCCCAUUUGCUUGCUGAAGCUGAUGAAGUCCAGUUGCAAUGUGACGCCCAACUAAGUGAAAACGCAGACCUUGAUCAAGAGACUCGUUCCAGCGAAACUGCCAUCAAAUUGGGUCUGUCCACAACUCCUUGCACAGUGGUUAGUUUUGUAGGUCAAGUUGAAAAACAAAUCAAUCGAGUCCGUGGUUUGGUAACGGACCGUACUAACCAAAUCCGCCAAUUGGAUGAGAAAUGGAGUCAGUUUGAACAGGAACGUGAAAAACUGUUGCAGCAAUUGCAAGCCAUCAAGUCAGACGCCGAUGGACUGUCUGCGUCUGAAAGCAAUUUGAGCGGAAUUGAACAUUUCCUGCCCGCCAUACAUGCGCUCCUAGAUCGAACCAAACAACUAGAAGUCGAGAAAGAGAAUCUCCACAAAGUUGGAAAACAUUUGACGCAGUUGAGCUCAGCAACGCUGGGAUCAAUUCAAAACAAGCUGAGUUCUGUCGAUAACGACUAUGACCUCAUUCAACGCAAACUACUAGAGCAGCAAACCCAAUGUAAUGACAUCCUGUCCCUUUGGAAAGAAUGCUCCGAUGCCAAACUACCUAUCCAAACAACUAUUAGUAGUGCAGCAAAAGUCUGCAAUGAUGUUCAAGAUCGACAACCUGAUGAUUUGAAUGAGGCCGUCCGAUUGAGCGAUCAAUGCCGAAAAUCAGUUGAGCAGCUGCGGAAGUGUCGCGCUCCCCUUGAUUCUUUGGCUAUCAAGAGCGGGCACUUGCAUGAUAGACUGGACCGUCUUUCAGGCUUUGACUCUUCUAUUCUGCGCAAAGAAAUGGCAGAUAUGCAGCACGAAUGGACAGAAGUUCAAUCGGCCCUUGGUGGACGAAUUCAAACUCUUGAUAUGCAACAAGUUGUUCUGCGUCAGAUCGCCAAUCUCAAAGAGGAUAUUCUCAAUUGGACCAGCGAUUCCAGAGAAGCUUUGGCCGACACACUUUCACAACCGACCGACUUGGAUCUAAUGGAAUUGAAGCUGAAGAAAGUCAAGCAGGAAUUGCCGACAUAUGAGGGUAUCCGCGAGAGCAUCCGUACCAAAAUCGAUCAAUUGACGGUAUUGUGCCAAGGCCACUGCCCAGCUUCCAUUAACAGUCUGCAAGACCUAAUCGACCAAGAAAUCGACCAAACGCAAACUCUUUGUGGCCAGCUGGAAUCCUCCAUCACGACGACAAAACAUGAAGAAGAUGAACUGUAUCUCGAUGUUAAAGCCUUGACGAAUCAGAUCAGCGAAAUGAAGUUGGAAUUAAAGAGCUGCGAGGAUAUGAUGGGCAACGAUGAGCAGCUGGCCCAACAAUUCCGUGCGUGCCAAAAUAUUGCAACAGGGUAUCCCCAACUCCAGGAAUCGCUAAAGACCUUGAAGAAACGAUGUGCCAAAUUGGAAUCUCAGUGUGGGACAGCCGGCGAGGGUUUCCCACUUGCCAAAGAAUUGCGGGCCAUUCAGAAACAAAUGGACGCACUCGGAGUUCAAAUAAAGAAACAAAGCGACGGUUUGCACGGUAUACUCCAGAAACGCUAUACCGAGCGGGUGGCCAUAGUCCAACGAAUCAUAGCCAGCUGUCGUGACAAACUUGACUGGUGCUCAUCGGAGCCCAGUGCUGAUCGCUUCGGCAUUGAGGCAAAACUGGACGCCUUACAAGCAGUCGAAGGGAGUUUAGCGGACGCAGAAAACAAGUUUGCCGAAGUGCAGAGCGUUGCAACUGCUCUCGCUUCCAUUUCCGAAAGUCAGAAAGGUGAAAUUGAUUCAUCAGUCACGGCAAUGGCGGAGAAGCUUCGUAAUUUGCGUGAGGAUUGUGACGAUAAGCGCCUUUCCAUCGACCACAACAACGAUUUGUUGCGUCGUUUCGAACUGACUUCAGAGAACGCAUCUUCGUGGCUGCGAGAUGUUGAGGCGGUAAUUCGCAGUGAAACAGUUAGCCAGGCUGGAGUCGAACAAUUGGCUGAUAAAAUCCAAUCAAUCACUGAACUUUAUUCGGACAUUGAAAGUCAUCGCCCUGAUAUCGACGAAGUUAAAGUAAUUUCAGACCAGGUUAUGGCACUAAUGCCCGAAUCGCACGUGUCCCACUUCAGCAAUCAUCUAGCCAUGCGCUUCACUACGGCUCUCAAGUUCGUUCUGUCUUGUCUGACUAAACAAAAGACUCUUCAGUCCGGCUAUUUAGAGUACCAAACGGCUCUUCAAAAAAUGGAAGCUUGGUUGCAAUCAGCAGACGACCAAUUGCGCGUUCAUGAAAAAGACGUCACAGCUGUUCCAGGAUCCAAACCUAGUUUGGCUUACCAAUCGAAAUUGCAAGCGUUGAAACAAUUUAUGGAACAAAAGGAUGAAGGCCAAUCAUUACUCAACCAAGCUGUGCAUACUGGCGACAGCCUGGUUCCUAAUAUUACAGCCGAAGAUAAAUUGGCUAUUCGAGUGGCUUUGCGGAACCUUCGCGAUCGCUGGGAAUCACAUCUGGAUCAAGUUAACAGUCUCUACAAGAAAGUUGAAGGCAUCAUCUUGCAGCUUUCGUCUUUCGAUGACAGUUGCCGUCAAAUCCGACGCUGGAUCGAAGAAACGAGAAAACGCUUCAACGAACCUGAAAUUGAAGAGGAAGGAGAGGAUGUCGAUCAAUCGCAUGUCCACGACGUCAAAGAGCAGCUGCAGACCUUCCGUAUUUUAGCGCAAGACGUUCUGUCACACCAGAGCCUAAUCAAUCGGCUCCGCGAACGUCUCCAGGAAAUCUCCAAUCCAGAUGCGGCUGCUACAGUCGACGACAUUGCGGCCUCCUACCAGAAACUUAUCACGGAAAGCCAAGAACGCGUUGCUGUGCUGGAAAAACAGGCCGCAGAUUAUGAUGCUUACGUGUACAGCAUUGAAACGUUCCGCGAUUGGCUGACUGGUCUGUCAGCCGAUCUCACGCUGACCGAAGAAGGUGUAACGGAUAAAGCGUCUGCCGAGACCAAACUUAGAGUCAUUUCAGAGCUAUUGCAACAGCGUGAAGAAGGUCAACAACUUCUGGAACGCUGCGGAUUUUGUCUGGAACAAUGUCUUCAAUCGGCAGGAUCUUUUGUUGGCCAACUGGAUCCUAAAGUUGAAUUUGAAAUUCAGAAAACGAACUGGAACGCCUUUUUAGCCGAAUGUCAAGAACGGAACGAUCGACUGCUGUCAGUGUGCUCACGCUGGACUGCUUUUGAAGACACGGCGCAAACCUUAGCUCAAUGGCUGCGCCAAAUGGAAGGCCGCGUCCAAGAUCAAGCUCUCAAAGCGACUGUGGCUGCCAAAGAAACGCAUCUAGAGAAGCUCAUUGCGGCUCAGUCGGAGAUCUCACAGAAAGAACCUGAAUUCUCCGCCAUUUUGCAACUGAACCAACAGAUCGAAGGUGAUUCUACCCUUCAGGUGCAAGUUCCUCAGAUGAUGGCCCGCUACCAGACACUCAUUGGAACUGCUCGCGAGAUGAUUACUCGUUACCAGCAAUACGUUAAGGAACACAAGGACUUUAACGACCACUACGCCGAAUUUACAAAACAGACGGAAGAGCUUGCUGGACGCCUUGAUUCAUGCCGUGAGAUUGUUGGAGAUUUCAAGAUUCUCCAGGAAAAACGGGCAGAACUGGAUCAAUUGCAAGAGCAACGUCUCGAACUGGACAAGAGCGGUGAUACGUUGGUUGACAUGGGUGAAAAGCUCUACGUUCACACGGGUCCUGACGGCCGGGAAAUGCUUCGCGUCCAGCUGAAAGUGGUGCGUGAACGAUGGGAAGCGCUGUGUGAUGACCUGGUCGCAACUGCUACCGAACUGGAUCAAUGCCUCCAACAGUUCUCUGAAUUCUCUGCCAGCCAAGAGCAAUUGACUCGUUGGCUAAAAGAGGUUGAGCAAUCUAUGCUUCAACACUCUGACCUUAAAUCAACACUUCAAGAAAAGCGUGCCCAGUUGCAAUCUCACAAGAUCGUCCAUCAGGAGAUUCUUGCGCAUCAAACGCUUGUUGAUUCAGUCUGUAGCAAAGCCCAGCAACUGAUAGAUCAGACGCAAGAUAAAUCACUCAGCGUCUACAUCAUUUCCAUUCGACAAUUAUUUGCCAAUAUCGUCAGUAAAUCCGACGAGCUGAUGAAUCGAUUGGAAACAUGGGUUAAGGACCACACACAACUGAGUUCACUGGUCAAAGCGUUCCAGGAUUGGAUCACUAGCUUCCGUGACGAAACGCAAAGCUUGGCAGAUACAAUAGGUGAAAAAUCUGAAACCAAAAAGAAAAUCAAGACGCUGGAUGAAAUACAGGGGGGACAGGAGCAAGGCCGUUCCAAAUUGGAAGAGAUCCAAAGUUUGUGCUCGACCGUAGUGGCGUUUACAUCACCCCGUGGUUGCGAACUGCUGGCCAAAAGCGUGGCCAGUUUGCAAGAUGAACUGGAAGCUGUAUCGACAAGCCUUCAAGAAAUCAAACGAAGCCAAGAGGCAAUUCUCCAGCGAUGGCAAUCGUUUGAAGAACGACUGGAAUCUUGCAAUGUUUGGUUGCGCCAACAGGAAACUGCUUUCGGCGAACAGGCUCUACAGGUGACUUUGCCGGACAAGGAGGCUCAACUUGUUAUCUUUCAGACGGCCCGUGAUACCAUCACUGGCUACGAACCUGAAGUGGAUGCCUUCGUAGAUCAAGCAACGGCAUUAUUCCAGUCAAGUGGUGUCGAGAGACUACGCCCUUUGAUAAGUCAAAUCAGCUGCAAGUAUCAACAGUUACAUGUCCAGAGCAAAGAAGUCGUUUCUAAAUGGCACGGUAUCGUCGAUGAUCAUCGUCUGUACGAAGAGAAAUUCUUUGAAACUAUCGCUUGGAUUACGUCAUUAGAAGAUGUUUUGGAAUCAUUGCUCAAAUUUAAAGAUCAAUCAGAAACGGGCAAUACCACAAUUAUAGGUGUGCAGAAUUUGAUGGCCGAAAAGGAACAAGCCUCCCAUCGUCUUGGCUCGCUCACUUCAGCUGGUGAGCGGCUAUUCCCCGAUACAGCCUCCGCUGGCCGUGAAAAGAUUCGACAAGAUCUGAAACUUUUACGAUCACGUUGGGAGGAACUUGAACGCCGAUUGAGCGAGCAGCACAAAAGCCAGGAACAACAGCUCCAGCGUUUGUCUACUUAUCAAGACGGCAUUGUCCAGAUUAGCGUUUGGCUAGAUACAAUGGAGAAGUGUGUUGCCAAUGACCAGUCAGGUCUCCAGGCGGCUUCACUUCCGGAAAUCCGGUCCCAUCUUCUGAAACAGAAAACUUUCUUGCAAGAUGUUUUGACUCAUAAAAGACAAGUGGAAGCGCUAAAGGAACGAGCCAGGUCACUGGUUGAGGAUUUGCCCAGCUCGGUUGGUCAGCCCAAAGAAAGUCAAGAUGUUCAGAGGACCAUUGGCGAUAUCACUAAUCGCUAUGAGAUACUGACUAACGGCUUGCAGGGAGCCAUUGCUAAUUCUGAGUGGCUGCUGGACGUUCUUCAGCAGCAUCACGACUUGGAAAAAGCCCAAAGUGAUUGGCAACAGCAAGCAUGGUUACAACUUAAUUCAAACACGGAUUAUGGUGGAAGUAAACAUGCACUUAAGAUGCGCUGUUCUAAAAUUUCUGAAAUGAUGAUCGGCAAGGAUGAAGGCACCGCCAAUCUGGACGUCAUUCGAGCUCACCUGGACAAGAUAGCUGAUCGUUUAUCUCCACGCGUGAAGGAAGCGUUGCAGAGGGCACUGACUAAUGCAAACUACGAGUUUGAAAAAUACGUCGCCGGCCUGGAAGAUGUUCGGCAUACGCUGGACGACCGACUUCAGCAGUGGAACGAGUAUGAGGGAACGUUCGACCGUCUCCUAACGUGGCUCUCUGAAACGGAAACCUCGCUUAAAGACUAUAUUCCACGCUCAACGUUGGAACAAAAGGAAGAGCAGCUGGAAAAGUAUCAGGAUCUUCCUCGUCAGAUAGAGUGUCGAUCUAGAGCAAUCCAGGAUUUCAUAGCGCUUGCAGACCAACUAGAGCAAGCAAUCGUGUUCAGCAUUGGACGAAAUGAAUCAGAUAUCGACAAGAUGAGCGAUGAUUCGUCCGAUUUAAUGCAACUGUCUGGUGAGACGAGAAUAAGCGUCAACGUUCAGCAGAUAUCGUCAAGAUUCCAAUCAAUGCAAGUUGCUGCCAAAGAAAUCCUUAAGAAAUGCGAACAGGCUGUCGGCGAUCAUCGGCUCUAUUUGGACAAAUACAAUCAAUGUGCCUCAUGGCUAACGGCCGCCCAAGAGAAAUUCUCCGUUACCUGUUCGGGUGAUGGAGAACAAGACGACUUGAACACCAUCGAACAAAAAAUCAAAGUCUUUGAACAAAUUCUGGCUGAGCAACAGCAAGGCACUUCCAUGUACAAUCGAGUCCAAGAGAUGGGUGAGAAGCUGUACGCCACAACGGCCGUUGAGGGCCGUGAAACCGUGCGGAUUCAAAUGCAAGAACUGCAAACUGCCAUGGAAAGCUUCUACGACAGCGUCGCUAGUAAAGAACGUGAACAUCAAGCAAAACGUUCCAGAUGGAUCAGUUUUGAGUCCGCUAGUGAUACAUUGCGCAAAUGGUUAGCUGAUACUGAACAACAACAUCCGUCUGAAAUCAAGUUACACGCUACACUGGAUGAAAAACGAGCCCAGCUCAGCACUUACCGAACAUUGUUGCAGGAUGUCCUGGCCCAUCAACAAGCUAUUCUUGAUUGCCGUGAUAGAGCUCAUUACCUACCUGAAGGGGGCUUCAAAGAAGACCGUGACAAAGUAGACGACUUCGUCGAAUCGGCAAGUCAGAAACAUCAGUUGUUAUUGAAGCGUGCCCAGUCGUUUGUAGAACGUUACGAGGCUAUCGUUAGCGAUCAUCAACAGUACAGCAAGGCCGUCAUGGAUGCUCAAGAAUGGCUGGAUGCUACACACGGAGCUAUCGAAAUGUGGGGAGAUAAUCGUCUGGAACGAAUCACUUUACACGCCAACGUCGAACGGCUCAAGAACUUGCAACUUGCUCUACCUGAGGAACAAUCUCGUGUCAAACAGAUCCAGGUGUUGGGCGAAAAAGUGUUACCUGGGACGUCAGAAGUAGGACAGAGUAACAUCCGUUCGCAGAUCGACUGUUCUCAGCAAGAAUGGGAGAGUUUGCUUAGCACGCUUCAGUCUGCUAUCGAAUCGCUGGAAAGCAAACUGAAACAAUGGAGCGAUUACGAGACGUUGAAAGAAAAAUGCCAACAAUGGCUACGACAGGCGGACGGUAGCUUCCAUGCAAUCGAUCUAAAGGCAACCUUUGAAGAGAAGCAGAGCCAACUGGAUCAAAUGAAAACCAUGCAGAGCGAACUUCGAAGCAAAGAGUUGGAGAUCGAUCAAGUCACGGAGAAAUCCCAGCAAUUGUAUAAGAAUCUUCAAUCUCGGUCAUCGCAGACUUUAGAACUCGCCCCUAAAUAUCAACAGAUCAUGUCCCGCAUCAAAGAAUUGUCGGGCAAGUGGCAGGAGUAUGUCAACACCCAUCAAGAAUUUCAUACUCGGCUUGAAGAUUGCUUCAGGUGGCUAGCUAAUGUCAAAGCUAAACUUGCCUAUUGCUCGGAUUUGAGCGCCUCUUCUCAACAGGAUCUGGACAAAAAGAUGACCACGAUUCAGGAUCUCCUCAUGUACAAGGAAGAAGGAUUUACAAAAGUGCAGAAUACUGUGGAACUUGCUCAAGCAGUCUUGGCCAAUACAGCGCCCGCUGGUCAUGAAUCCAUUAACGACACUGUAGACCGGCUCAAGGAGGAAUGGGGUUUGCUAGCUUCGAAAAUGAUGGACACCAAAGCCAAUUUGGAUGAAAUUGUUUCCAAAUGGGCCGGUUUCUUGGAACAAAUUCAUCUGCUGAACAAGAUUGUUGAAAACGUUGAAUCUUCGCUAGCUGAGAAUACGGUGCUCCAGAACACACUGUCCGAAAAACGGUCGCAACUAGAGCGUUUGAAAAAUCUCGAAGAGAAAAUCAAAUGCGAAAGAAUCGAAGUAAAAAGCCUCAAGAGCAAAGCGGCUGAGAUGAUGGCCAGUGGACAACAGAACCAAGCCGCAAUUCAAGCUCAACAAAUCCUCGAAAAGUUUCAGCGUUUGGCUGAACAGAUAAAGACAGCUAAAACCAAAGCUGACGAAGAAUUCCGAGCUCACAAGGCCUAUAAAGAAGCUUACGACGAUUUAAUGACAUGGAUCAGCCGUGCUCGCGAGAAAGUGCCUGUCAUGAAGCAUCGCCCGUUGGGUGACCGGUUGGCCAUCGAAGAGUCAGUCAAAGAUCUAACUAGUUUGUUGAAUAAACAGGCUCAAGGCCAACUGAAAGUGGAGGAUAUGCAACGCAAGAGUCAAGUGCUUUUGGCCACGACGGCACCGGCUGGACAGGAUACCAUCCGAAGCGAGGUUCGCGCCCUCCAGGAGAGUUUCGAGCUUUUCUUUAAAGAAGUUCAGUCACAAAAAGAUCAGCUGUCUCGCACAGUCGUCCAAUGGCGUGAAUACAAAGAAGAGUACGAACGAUUGUCAGACUGGAUUCAACAAACAGACAUUGAGAUCAAAGCGCAAAAGAACGCAUUGCUGUCAACUCUGCAAGAAAAGGAAAAACAAGUAGCUGCGAUUAAGGACCUGGUUGACCGACUGGACAAAGGUGAACAGCAGAUUAAUAAGUUUAACGAAAUGGCAGCCGGGUUACUGUCCUCGCAUUUGGACACGUACGUCAACAAUCAGCUGCGUCAUUUGAAUUCACGCUACCAAGUGGAGAAGAACCUCGUGAAAGAUGUUAUGUUGAAGAUUGAAACUAACGUCGAGCACCACCGACAGUACGAUCAAACCCUGGCCAAAGCUAAUCGCUGGAUCGAAGACGCCCGGCGUGUUAUCAAAACAAGCAGCGAAGCUCAGGUGGAAGGUGAGAGCAGCAAAGAGGAACUUCAAGAGCAGCUGAAUAAAAUCCAGGACUUGUUGAAACGACAAGAGGAGGGUCAGACCUUGGUCCAUUCAACUGUUAAUUUUGGCGAGAAGGUGGCCCGCUACACCCGUUCGGAUGGCCGCGAAGAAAUUCAGUCAACACUGAAAAGCCUUCAGCAGGAUUGGGAACGUUUGGUUCGCAAGAUGGCCAACACUAAAGUGGCGUUGGAGACAUCUUUACUUCAAUGGGCGGAUUAUUCAUCUUCAUGCAACAACUUGAAGAAAUGGAUUAGUGAGAAAGAGGCCAAGUUACAGCAAGUCUGUGAACAGAAGGUCUCCAUGGGUCGUAAGAGCAAUCCUGGAUCAGGAAUGAGGACGCUAAGCUUGGGUGCCCGUCAAGCUACUUUACGACGGACUAGCAGCUUUGUCCAGGAUAUUGUCUCGUUUGAGCCAAUGAUCGAAUCCGUCACAUCCAAAGCUGACGACUUGCUCCAUCGCAGCCCAACCACUGCAGAGAUCAGUAACAAGUACCAGAGUUUGAGUCGACAAGCUCAUGAAAUUUAUGCCAAACAAAAACAAGUCAUGGAUGUACAUCAGUCCUUCAUCGAUGCUGGCAAUGAAUUCAUGCAUUGGCUAAGGGCCGCCAAAGAAAUGGUGAACAAGCUGUCGGAACCGACUGGCGAUCGCGAAUCAUUGAGCAGCAAAGUAACUCACGUCAACACGAAACUGAUGACAGACAAAGCAGAAGGUCAGCAAAAGCUGGAAACGGCCCUCGAAAAAGCUGAGGCUGCUUGCAAAGCUAGUGACGAGGAAGAUCGCGAUAUCGUCGAAGAAGAGGUAGCCUUCUUGCAGGAAGAAUUUGACAAUUACUGUGAGGCUCUAGCCAAAUUGAAGGAAUCUCUUGAGUCGGGGUUAGUCAAAUGGACCGAGUACGAAGACCAGUAUCAAGAUGCGGUCGAAUGGUUGGCACAAACUGAAGGUACUGUUCAAACAUUCAAUCGUCUGCAGAAUACGCUGGCAGAAAAAAGAGACAUUCUGGAACAGUUCCAGAAUCACUUGCAAGCCGUCUUUGACUGGCAAAAGGAUCUAGACCGGUUGAACAUGCGUGCCCAACAACUUUUGGAAACAUGUGCCGAUUCACGUGUCUCCAAUGCUGUCACUUCCAUCACUACCAAGUACAACGCCUUGCUGUCACUCGCCAAAGAAAUCAUGCGCCGGCUGGAAGUGCAUUUCCAGGAACACCAACAGCAUAGUGCCCUCUUCCAGGAAUGCCAAGAAUGGAUAGAGCGGACUAAAGAGAAGGUGGUGGAAUCAAGCGGCUCCGGCGGUUCGGAUAACCUGUCUGAACUUAAAGGUCGUUUACAUCAAAUCAAGUGCAUCCGUCAGUCACUCGAACAAGGGCACCACAAGUUACGAUACAUUCAAGAGCUUAAGGAGCGUGUAAUUCUGAAUACGGAGCAAUCAGGCGCCCAGCAAAUCCAGGACAACACAGAUGUCAUUCGCGCUGAUUUCGAUAAAUUGUCUCGCGAUGUCCAGGAAGCUCGUGAAUCACUAAGCGCCCGUAUAUCCAUCCUGGAGGACAUUGACAAGGCACAUCAAAUGUUUGUCGAUUGGCUGCAGGAGAUUAUGGAUAAAGUACCUUCACCCGUCAACGCGCAAGGAGCUGAAGGCCUUACGGACUUGAGUGAUAAGAAAUCCGCCCUGGAGAAGUACAAAGUCUUGCUCCACGAUGCCUUGUCUCAUGCUGAUGUUCUACAAAGAUUGCAAGAUAAAUUGGCAGCUCAACCGGAUCUGCCCCGUGAAGAAUACGAUUCCAGUAUUGAACGUUAUGAACAACUUAAAGCAACCAUUCAAAAGACUAUAAGUACGAUGGAAGAGCUUGUUCAACAGCACGAAGAGUACCGACAAGGCUACGUCGAUGCAGCCGAUUGGAUCCGCCGUACAAGACUCGACAUCCAACAGUAUGGCGAUUUUAACGGUGAACGUGAUGCUGUUGAAGAAAAACUACGUAAAUGCUGUGAACUUCGUCAGACUUACCCGGCUGGAGAACAACUCGUUGACAAGGCAGUUAAACUGAGUGAUGUCGUCAUCACCGGUUCGAGCACAGAAGGACAGGAAGCAAUUAAACAAGAACUUGUUCAGCUACGUAACGAAUGGGAAUCACUAGUGUCCUCUUCGGAUGAGACACUCAAGUCCCUUUCUGAUUGCUGCUCGGCAUGGUCUGACUUCCAAGACGUCUUCCAGCGAAUGAAGAAAUGGCUUACUGAAUUUCAAGCCAAAUGGCUUGAAGAGUCGACCCAUGAUACAACAGAAGAAGCUGUUGAAUCUCGACUUGUCCGUUGUCGGGAGCUGUUGAAAGAGGGUGAAAGCCAAAAGUCUUGGUUGGAGGAUUUGAACGACCGUUGCGAGAUUCUUAUGGAACUUAGCACAUGCAGCCGCGUACGCGAAGAGACUGUUCAACUCCAGGCUGGUUUCACAACUGUAAUGGGCAAUGUCCAGAGUUUACUGUCUCGCUUGGAGAAAACGAGAACAGACCACACUGAUUUCGUCACUUCCAAGGCAGAAUUUGCCAAUUGGCUGGAACGUGCUCAAGGUACCGUUCAAGAUUGCUCCGGCCAAUGUGGCAGUGAAGCGAGCACCAAGGAAAAGUACGAAUUGGUCCGUUCCAUUGCCAGUCGUCUUACAGAAGGUCAACACUUGAUGAACGGUAUGAUGGACUCAUUCACCAAGGCCCUGAGUGCCAGCAGACCGCAAAGCAAUCCAGACGAGCAACAGAAAGGAUUUAGAGCAGAAAUUUCUACAUUACGGGCUAAUUGGGACCAACUGAAUAUCGACGUUAACAGCACGCUUUCUCAUCUGAAGGGCGUUAUCAACCGAUGGGAAGAAUUCCGCGAUGCUUGCAUUCGCAUGGAUCAAUGGUUGGUAACCAAUGAGCAAGUGCUAUCAGAUUAUCCACAAUCAAAAGGUGAAGUGGGCGAAAUGAAAACACUCAUGGAACGUCUCAAGAGUCAACAGAUGGAGUUUGAAAGAAAGAAAGCUGAUUUGGAUCAUUUGCGACGCGAGGCCAGUGAGCUUUCCGCUUCGGCAAACGAUCACAAUUGCACAGCUACGGUUGACCAGCUUCACGACAGGUGGGAAAAGUUAGCCGCUGUGGCUGCGAAUUAUCACACUCGUUUGGAAGAGGAAAUUCAAGAGUACAAUGCCUAUCAUCAAGCCCUUCAAGACACGGAGAAAUGGAUCUUGCAGACUUCUUUCCAUUUGAUGGCGCAUAAUUCGAUGUACAUCACUACACGCGAUCAGACUGAAGAGCAAACUAAAAAGCAUAAUGAUCUGUUGGCAGAAAUAUAUUCGUACCAAAGCACUAUGGAUGACGUCAGGUGCAAAGGCCAGGGACAAAUUGUUCGCUACACAACUUCCAAUGCUGCAAUUAAGGGCGUAAUCGAGAAGCAAUUGGGCAAUGUUCAGGCUAGCUACAAUGCACUGUUGAACACGGCCCUUCAAAUUAAGCAACGCCUUAACGAUUCCCUCAUCAAGUUCCAAGAAUACGAGGCCAUUAUCGAAAGCAUCUUGCACAAUCUGAAGGAGUGGGAACCGCACAUUGCUGAGCAGUUGGAUACUUCCGUCGUCUCGAUCGAAGAUUGUAAAAAACAGUUGGACGAUAUAAAGGUUACCCAUGCUAAACUUCAGAUUGAAAAGACUCGUCUUGCCCUCGCUGUUCAAGCCUGUGAAGCUGCCGCAGCCUGUAUUUCUCGACCCAAUACACCCCAAGAUCCACUUCCAUACCGAGUUCCUGAAAACGAGCUGAACGCUCGUACAAAGCUGGAAGAUUUCCUUGACCAGGAAAUGGAUGUACCCCUGGCCAUAGGCAGCAUGUGGGCAUUUUUGGAUUUGGUCGAAAACGAGGAUUUAACAAAUCGAUUGGAUAAACUAGAAGAGAAGGUCCAUUCACGAAUUACCGCUCUGACAGCCAUCAAUACGGAUCUCGACGACUUUACACGUCGAAGGCAAGCAGUUCUCCAAUGGGCCACUGAAUUAAAAGGUACCAUUAAUGACUUGAAACAGCGCAAGGCUCGUCUUAGACCUGAAGCGGCCCAACACGAUAUCACUCAAUUAAUGGAUACGAAACAAGCAAUUACGGAAAAGCAAGGAGUAGUGGACGAAAUGGAACUGCAACUUAUGUCCUCCGCACCUGAAUCGAUACCUUGCGUCGUCGAACUGCGCGAGGAAUUGACCAAUCUUAAUGAUGAUGUUUCGCUAGUGCUCGACAAGAAGAUGGAUAUGCAGAAUUUGGUGGAAGAAUAUCGCAUGAUGCUCCAAGAUUUCUUCACUUGGCUGGACACUCUAAUUAAGAGAGCCGAGAAUGCGGACAAAGGACGCGGCAAUAAUAUUGCCGUACGCGUCAGUCUGCUGGCACAAUUGACCGCAGAAACAAGCCAAGGAAAACCAAAGCUAGCUGACCUUGCUGUCAAGGCUAAAGAGAUAUCGGAAAUCCUCAGCACCUUGGACAGCCAGCAAGUUGAAGAACAAUUGAAAGUCGCCGAGAGAAGAUUCGGUGAUGUUGAGCGCCGUAUGCACAGGAAACUUCACUUGUUGCAAACAACGCACCAAGGUGCCGAGAGCGCUACAAUGGACAUUGCUCUGAUCAGACAGUGGGUAUCCGAGAAAACUGCACUAGUCCGCGAUAAAGAACUGAUGGGAUAUCGAACCAAGAGCGCUGACAUGAAACUGCAACAAAUAAAGGGUCUUUGCAAAGAAGUUGAGAUGCAACAGUUGGUUAUCGAGAAUCUGGAACUGAGAGUUUCUAGCAUUGCAUCUGACUUGGAUGCGGAGGAACAAGCCCAACUUCGAGCCGAUUUGAAAAGCCUGGCUGGUGAGUACAGGACUCUUUGCCAGGGCGUCAGGACCUAUGAGCAGGAAUUGGAUAAAGCAGUCAGCGACAGGCAACAUUUUGAGGCUCAGCUGGAUGAUACACAGAGGAAGUUAGCAGCAUUGGUCGUUCAGAGCCAAGGUUACGAUUUACUACCGCUAGCAUCAACAGCUACCGAGAAACUAACCGAGAAGUUCAAGUCUUUGAAGCAAGCAGUCGUGGACUUUGAAUCCAGUGAGAUGAACGAGUUUAAGAAGCAGCUUCAGAAUCUAACGAAAACCUGUAACGAUGUCGCCAAGAACGAGUUGCAAGAGAUUUUGCAAACUAUGGAGGGACAACUGGAAGAGCUUUUGGCCAGCCUGAAUGCCAUGUUGUCUCAAUUUGAUGAUGCCACUCGUCAACGCAAAGAGCUCGAAGGAAUCACCGAAUUCUGCCAACACUGGUUCAAACAAGCAGACAUCAACCUGGCUGUUGAAAUUCGAAACUCUACAAGUCCCGAAAUCUUGGUAGAACACAUCAUGGUGUUCGACCGACUGCUACAAGAGGCUAUUGGUGUGAAGGACAAACUAGAUGCUGCAGUGUCUCACAAGGACUUCAUUUCGGGCUCGUUGAAUAAAGCGGAUCAAAUGGAAAUCCAAGGGAAUGUUCAAAGUCUGCUUGAUGGCUACAAUCGUAUCCAUGCCGGUAUCGAGGAGCGCAGCCGGACCCUUCAAUCUUACGUUAACCAGCAACGAGAGAUUGCGGUUAAAGUAGAGGAAAGCAUCGUUUUCCUCAACAAAAUCCAGGAAGACGUUCGUGCAUUAAAUAAGCCAAUAGGCUUCCGGCCAGAAGAUACGCAGACGAUGCUCAAUUCGUACGAGCAACUGCUUGCAGAGUUACGAGUUUAUCGUGAAAAGAUGGACGAUUUGCAGCACAGAACUACAGGAAACAGCGGUGAUUUAGCGGCGAUUGUGAAACAACAAGACGAUUUGAUCGCCACAAUCGAAGGACAAAUUAAGAAACUUCGCCAUCUUCUACUCUUGAGACAGCAAUUCAUGGCCUUGGUGGCUGAGAUUACAACGUUCAUUGCCAGGUACAACGAAGUCAUUCACGAUAUUGAGAAAGGUGGCAAAACGGCACAAGAAAACAUUCGUCGCUACGAUGAUGUGAUCUAUAAAAUCCAAGAAUGUGAAGGACAACUGGCCACUGCCCAAGACAAGGGAGAGCAAAUCGCAGCGGAAGGAUCGGUUACUGAUCGCAACACUAUCACGGAGCAAUUGACAUCGUUGAAACAUCAACUGAGUGCGCUCAGACGGGCCGUUGAGAAACGUCGAGGUGAGCACGAGAACGCGGCCGCUGAGUACAAACGCUUAGCUGAGCAACUCGACGAAUUACUGGAUAAGAUGCAUGAACAAGAAGCCAUUAUUCGAUGUCGUCCAUUGCUCCAAUUGACGGCUGAAAGCGUGGAACAGGAGAGCAGCAAGCACAAAAUUCUUGCAGGCGAUGUCAAAUCUCUAUUGUUGACCACCGAGAGUCUCUUCUCGUCGAUCCCACAAGACAGCAUGAUUCCUUCAACAUUACAAGAACGCAUCAGUGAAGCCACCUUCCUUCGUGACACACUACCAACCGAGUUGGCUGCCAGAGGCGACUAUCUCAAGGAGCAGUUGGCAUUGCGUUCGAAGUAUGAAAGCGCCAUCCGACGUCUAAAUAGCUGGAUGGACGAAGCUAGACUUCGUCUCAGACCACCGUCUAACGGCGUAGACUUUGAACACAUUGAGAAAGAACUGAACGAACACAAGGCCUAUUUCGACAAUGAGGAGCUGUCGCCCCAACCCUUGCUGGAUAGCAUCAAAACAACUGCUGAUGAAAUUUUGCAGUCAGUUGAUACACCACAACAGAAUGACCUGCAAAGUGAGGUCACUACACUUACAGAAUCAGCCAAGAAUUGUCUGACAGCGGCGAACGAUCGACAAGAUCAACUGGAAAAGGACUCGCGUGCCUACAAGGAUUAUGAAAAAUCGUUAGAAGAAGUCAAACAAGCCAUCGUGGCCAAUAAGCAAUCAGUGGAGGAGAUGGCCACCAACAUUCCGGCCUUGAAGAAUCUGAUUGCUUCCCUGGAAACCAAGCUGGUCGUCCUCCAAACGGAACAAGCGAAGUUGAAAACUUUACAGGACAAGGUAAAAAAAGUAGAGCAGCGUGCGGAUGUCGCCAGUCGGCAGACGAUCCAGGAGAGCUAUGCGGUGGUGGCCAAAGAUUGGCGUGACAUCCAAGAUGGCUUGAUGAUGAGAUGCAGCUAUCUUAACGAUUUGGUCGACACUUGGGAGCUUCUAAUUUCCAAAUCUCGUGCUCUCGGAGUCACCUUGACCGGAUUGGAAGAAUCUGUUCAUCGUUUAGACAUGGAAGGCCGAUCACGCAGCGCCCUAGAAGAAACACGUCGAAACUUACAAGAAUUCGAGUCUACCAUUAUCGCAGUAAAACCGCAGUUGAAAGAGGUUGACGACCUGGCCAAGGAUGUCCUGGAUUACCUCAGCUCUUGUGAAGUGACUUCGCUCUCUAUUCGCGGCGAUCUCAACGCUUUGGCUGAACGCCAUUCAUAUUUACUGGAGACAAUUCAAGCACGUCUGCGUCGCGUCGUCGAAGAAGCCAAUUAUUUCGACGCCGUGCUGGACAGCAUGAAUCAAGUGCAAACCGGCCUGGAGAGACUACUGGCUGAGAUCACCGAUUUCGAUGCUUUCGGCAGCCAAGCUGAACGCGUCGAUCAAGAGCUGGCGAGCUUGCGCGAACGAUCGCUUAGCUGCAAAGAAGGAGUUCGUGCUUUGGCACAAGCGGCAUCGCAGCGAUUCGCUCAGCUGGAUCAGACCAAGCCCGUUGAAGUGGACAAGCACGUUGCUAUUUUGGAAUUGCUGAGCGAGAAAGUCCUAGCUGCCAUGGAGGAAAAAGAUAAUGAAGCCAAAAGGGCGCGCACCGUUCGCUACGAGUACCACCGCGACGUCGAGCAGGUCCAAAGUUGGAUAUGCCAGGCCGAGGGGCGUGUUCAAGACCGCAAUCUCGAGCCACAAACUCUCAAAGAAUUUCUUCAGGAAUUACAAUGCGAAAUUGGUUUAAUUACGGAUCAAAUGGACCGUGUUUCACGCCACGGCCAACUUAUUUGUCAGAGGACACGAGACGAACACGAGCAACAGUUGGUGCGAACCACGCUGUCCAAUUUGACCGACCAGUUGCAACAAGUUCGCUCCUGGCUCGAAGAGAAGAAGCUUCAGGUUGGAGACUCGAUCGACUCCUGGCAGCGCUUCUUGCAGCUGCAUGCGUUGGUUAUCGCAUGGGUCGAUGAAAAGAAAGGCUUCCUGGCAGAACCGCUCCAUUUAAUCAGUUUGGUACAGGCCCGCCAAAAAUCCCAGGAUUACAACAUGGCCGUUAAAAGCUGCAAGGUGGCCACGAAGAACGUCAGCGAUAUGGGCAAGGAGCUGUCACGCAUCUCGCAAGUGUCGAGCGUUGGCGCGCUGGCUGAUCAGAUGGCCGAAGCUGAGCAGAGCAAAACUGAAGUUGAGACCCAGCUACAAGAAAGGAGUGCAUUGCUUCAAGAGAUGACGGAAGAAUGGGAGCAAUGCGAGAAGAAGCUUAAGGACGUCAAGAGUUGGCUGGAUAAGGCCCGGCAGACGUUGGACUCCCCACUGAACAAGAAACGGCCAUUGCGCGAUCAGCUGUCGCUGCGUGAAAAAAUGCUGGGCGACGUCACCAUUCAGAAGACCAAAAUCAACAUGUCUAUCGAAAAAUUGCAGGUGCAUUUCCGCUCGGGAGUGACUGGAUCACCGGACGUUGUUCACAACAGCACAGAGCUCAUCGAGCAGUUGGACGCCCUUUUGGCCGAAAUCAACCAACAAUGUAAAACGCUGGAAGCGGCCGUCAUUCAACUAGACCAACUGCAACAGGAGAUCCAAGGAUUGCGAGCGCAGGUAGUGCAGGUGGAUCAACAAUUACGCAUGGUUUCCAGUCCCACUUAUUCACCAUUGGAUCGCGACAAGGCUUUGGCAGAACAAAAUGCAUUGCAGUCCCAUCUAUGCUCCGUUUGCCAGCAAAUCCAACAACUGCGAAUGCGUAUGACGGAAAUCGACCCCUACUUGACUCUGGCGGAUGACGGAAUCGAACGCUCCCUGAUGGCAGCCGCUGCCGACUGGCAAUCCCGUGCGCCGAUGGAACCCAGCCACCCCGCCCCUCAUCCUCCCCCCCAGACCUCCACCGAUGUUCAAUCGAUCCCUCCACCCCGCUGCGAUGACGUUCAAAGCCCUGUUAGGGAAACUAUCAGCACCUCGACCACCGCAGCGGCCCUUAAAAACUCGGCUCUACUGACGCUCGAGAAAUUCUCUUACGCCGACAUUGCUGCUGGAAGGAGGAGUCCCAGUGUGUCUCGCCAGACGACGUUCGAAAGCCACGCUGAACUGGUGGAGCCAGUCAGCGAACCCGUGCAAAUCGACGUAGUCGAGCCACCAGUUAAACUCGCAAUCGAAAUUCAAGUGCCUCAAAUUCAAGAAACUCUUCCUGGACGAUCUCGCUGGGAGCAACAACAACAAGAAAAACUUGUUCAAUCCGACGAUCCGGCUGCCGAAACGAAACAUCCUAGCCGCAGUGAUCUACGUCGAAGAGCCGCUGGAGGUAAACAAAAACGAUCGAUUGAUCAGGAAUCAAACAAACAUGGCAGCCAAGAGAGGCAUCCUCCAGUAACUCCUGCCGAAUCAUUCGACGUUCAAGUCCAAGAAGAGCCAGUCAUCGAAGAAACCAAGAUGGUACAAGAAGCAGUUCAAGAAACUGGAACCCGGCCAAAAGUGGCAACAACAGAACGUCGCAGUUCAUCAAAUUUGUCACCACCAUCCGAUUCCGAGAAACGAUCUCGCAGUCCGUUGUGGAUGCCGGGAUCGGGGGGUCCAUCGUACGCCGAUAUCUUGCGUGGCCAUUACAUCCCUCACCACCAACGAGGAAUGACUGGCAUAGUCGACAGUCCGCAACAGCAACAACAACAACAGGAACAGCUUCGACGUUAUGGCGGAGAUAGUAUCGACGAAACUAAUAUGGCCGAUGAAGUUGUUGUCCCAGCUGAAGACACUCAGCAAACUGCCCUACCUGAAGUAAUUGAAGAAUCCAGUCCAGUGACUCAAGUCCCGGAACAAACUCAACUGACUGAUGCUACCUGGGUCCCUCAUCAGCAUGCAGUCUACGAUGAACCAAUCCAACAACAACAACAACAAAUUGGAUAUCCAGAAUCCAUGUUCCAACCGAGCAAUCUAUCUUUUGAGACUCAAUACGCAUCUGCACCUGAUGCUGAAGCCGUUUUUGCGGCAAAUUUCGAUCUGAUGGCUCUUCAACAAGCUUACGCUCAGCUGGAGUACGGUAAUUUACCUGUCGCCUACCCUCUGGCGGCCUUUCCUAUCCAGCAGACGGUCAACGUUCCUCAGAAUUUUACGUUCAAUGUCGAGCAACCAAGACAAGAAUUUACGACAUCCACUCCAACUCCGACCGCACCGCAAAUUCAAGAACCCGAGGCCCAAGUAAUCGCUGCAACUCCAGUCCAACAAAUAGCUGAUGCACCUGUUGAAGUUACCAAACCCGUUGCUACGAAUGUAGCCAAACUGUCGUACGCGCAGAUCUUGGCAGCUGGACUCCGAGAUCCGGCAGAGUCACCACACAGAAGGGAUUCAUCGGGAUCGGCUGGAUCGGGAUGCACCUCGUCUUCCCCCCGGCCUUCACAAAAUACUAUCCCCAUUGUUAGCGACAAAGCAGCAACCGAUUCUGCCCCAAGUCCUUCACGACUUUCAGUGCCAGAACGAGGCGUUUCUGAGCCUCGUGAGCCUCGCAGUCGUCAACGCAUUUCGAAAGGCUCAAAAUCCAAGAGCUUCGAUGUUCGCGAAAAAGACCCUUCGUCGUCUUCCAAGCCCAAAUCACCCCACGGUGCAUCUAAGCUGGCGACUCUUCCUGGACGCUCGAUGGAGGCCAAGACUCGCCCAAAGAAGAAAGCUCGUAACGCUAGUUUUAAUGAGGAUAAGGAAUGGACACCUGUAUCGGUUCAAGUGUCACCUCCGCCUCAGGAAACGCUGAUGCCACCAGAGCCGAGUCAAGCGCGUAGUAAAUCACCUGGAGGUAAUCCACCAACGUCAGAACCGGAAAUGACAAAAGCCAUGAUGACGUUCUACGGCAUUAGCUCUGAAGAUAUCGAACAGCUGAUCAGCAGUCGUUCUCAAGAUUCUGACAGUGAUGCGGAAGUGGCCGGAGUAGAAGCAACCACCGAGAAGAAAAAGAAACAUUUACAGAAAAAGAAGAAAAGGAAGUCGUCCAAAGUACCGGAUGAAGAUGAAAUUGAAAAAGCUUUGCGUGAAAUUUCCGAAUUAGAGAGGACCAAAAAAUCGAAAAUGAGGCGAACUCCCUCUCACGAAAUGAAGAGCUCGAUUGCGGAGGUGCCCGUGCAGAAAGCUCAAAAAGUCCAGUCCAUUAAUUUGGAAGUACCGGAGCCUAAGAAAAGAGACAAGAAAUUAAAGAAAGCUGCUUCCGUCGGUGGCGGACAUCCAGAUAAAUCAAUUGUCAAACCGGAUAGCUCUCCUCAGCCCUUGACAGAGGCCAGCACUGGAUGCGAUUCUGCUACUUCCAGCUCUGGAUCGCCCGAUCCAUCUGCGCACAAGCAGCGCCGCGAUCGAAUUAAAAGAGCCAAAACAGUCAGUUUCAAUGAAGAAAGCUUAAACAAAUGUGGACCGGCACCUGUUACCGAAUGCCAGGUGAACAAGGAAGAGGCUAUUCCUAAAGCUGAAACUGCACUAGAAAACGAAGCAGAAUUUGUCGUAUUGAAUUCACAAGGUCUCGAAUCUGUUGGCCAUCUGGUGGCCGAUGUAGAAAGUUUAAUGGAAGAUGCCAUGAGUGACGAUAUCGUCGUUUUGGAAACGGAAAAUUUGGCAACAAGUCCCGGUCCGAUUGAAGGGCACAGAACCCUAGACCCGCAAAUACUAGAAGACGUGUUCACAGAAACAACUGCCGUAUUUCAAUCGCACGUUUGCCCAGAAAUAUACGAAGAGGAAGAAGAAUGCGUUCCAGUGGUCGAUGAUCAGUUGAAGGAAGAAUCGAUUUCCUCUCCAACGGAACCAGUAGCCGAUGCCGACCGGAUGGAAAAAGAAAUUCCGGCAUCCGAAGGCGCAUCAGGUCUUUUGAAUGUGGCCGAAGAGAACAAUGAUGACAAGAUCACCAUCGAAACGACAGAAGAGCUCCCCCUCGGCAGUCAGUCAGCUGCCGCCAUGACUCUUUUGCCACUCGAAGUUCGCGUCACUCUCCGUAAAAUCUCGGCCACUAGUACUGUCCCAUUUCAGCCGGAAGAACUCGAGCUACGCGCGGAUGAUACGUCUGCUAAAGACCAGCAACUUAGAGCUACUGAAUCCAUCGAUUUAGAGCCAGCCGCUCUGGAAAUCACAUCAGCAAUGAUUUUCAAUAACAGCGAUAGCGAAACAGUUGGCGAACUGGAACAAGACACUGAAUCUCCUGUCCUCAACGCUGAGACGGCUGGAAUCGACAUCUUGACUUGCAUAUCAGCCGUAACGCAUUCACCGCCAGUAGAAAUGAUCACAGUGGAACAACUUCCGAUUCUAGCUCGUCAGGUUUCAUUGGCAGACGAAGAAUAUGCCGACGAAUCGGAAUUGAGCUUACCCCCUUCGACUACUCCUAUUCCAGCCAUGCAGGAACGUGAAGAGGAAGCACUCACUUUAGCCACGAUGGAAGAACCUCCCACCACAAAAAUGUAUGUUCCAGCCGUAGAACAGGAGUUACCAAGCCAAGAGCAAAUGGUGGACAUUGUGGAAGCUCUGCUCGAAGAACCGGAAGCCAAUUUACCGGAAGAACCAGUUAUUGAAACACCCGCCACCGUUCAAUUCUCAGUCGCAGUGGAAGCCCAACCAACCGAACCUUUCCCUGCAGAAAAUUCGACUGAAGUUUCAGCUCAUCCGACGACAGCCGGAACGACACAGUCAACAAUAAUAUCAGUGCCAUUGCUAACUGAGACACCACCUGAAGCUGGAUCUGUAAGCUCACCAGGUAGCGACUAUAAAGCCCCAUCGAGUCCGUUCGGUUUCGACGAUGCAGAUCACGUAGUCUUGUCGCCACAAUGGAUGCGCCAGCGUUCGCCACUCGGUCGCACGUUUAGUUUGGACCCCCGUAAUCUCUCAACUGCAUUGAAAUCGACACCUGCUUCGCCGUUGGUCAAGGCUCACAGCACUGACUUGUCGGAAUCGUUCGGCACAGAAGAACAGAAAGCAGCUGCCGCCAAGAGCCUGGAGGAAGGUUCGAAAUCUGAAUCACAAACUGGAGGCGAAGCCGACGACGAAGAUGUCGAAGUCUAUUGGCGUCUUCGCGAAAAGAAGAAGAAGAAGAAGAGGCGCAAUCCUAUUACCGCUGUAGCGGGUAAUCCACUUGGACCGAGGGUAUCUGAAUCGUCUUCAGAUGCGCUUUCCAUGGCAGAACCUCAUGGACCGAUGAGUCCAUUAAGCGUUGGGUCAGAUUUGCCCGUUUCUGAAUCUACGUUGACGUCUGAUGAUGAACACCGAACUAAAUGCACCCAAGAUGAUGGAUUCCAAUCCGGGAUUUCUACGCCCAUUCUAUUAUCCGUUGCUUCGCCUGAUUCAGAGUUACCUGAAACUCCCACGGAACUCUUAGCUGAGACCGAAUCAGUUUCGGUGGCAUUAACGGAAACUCUUGGGGCAAACUCACCGAUCACAGCAGAAGUGGCUCUACCAUCAGAGGACAUUGACACGUUGUCUCAAUCGACACUCCAAGAAGAAGAUGUUGAAACAGAAGUGCUGGAGAAGGUGGAAUCGGAGGCAAAUGAAAUUGUUACUGACAUGCCCAUCUUAGCCGGACCUUGUCUUUUGAUGGCUCCAGAAACUGCCGAAGAGUUACAACAACAAAUUUCGCCUACAACUGAAGAAGUUGAGCUUAAAGAUUUGGAACAAACAACCCCAGCUUUUGAAGAAUCAUCAGUUAGUUUCGAUUCACCAGACAAUGAGUGUUUAGAACCAAUAAAUGAGCCGGAAGCCAUUAGCGUUACAGCAAACCAGGCCACAUCCUGGGCCAAUUUGGUAGCAACUGGAAAACCAAAAAUAAGUGAACCUACUCCUGAACCUGAACCGGCUCCGAGACCACCUCGGCCACUACCAACCUUGAUAGUCGUAGGUGAAGAAGAACAUCACGACGUUCCUUGCGAUCCGGAAGGAUUCCAUGUUGGACGGAAAGAAAGGAAAUGGAGGAAAUGGCGGUCAUCGCAAUCUGAGUCGCAAGAUGUCGCGUCAGAUACGGAACACGUUGAAACUCCAUUGGAAGCGCCUCUUCCUUCCACGGCUGAACUCGCCGUUGAAGAAAUUGUGGCCGUCAAACAAGUUCCUCCUCCAUCACCAGCUGAAAUCAGCAGCUCAGAAUCGGACCAAGAAAUGGCCGAACCGAUUCGGGUGGUUGUUCGAUCCAAAGUGCAGAAGAUGGCCAAAUCCGUUCGCGAACUGGAGCAAAGAAAGAGACGUUCUCGCCUUUCAGAGUCCGAGCAAGAAGUCCUGGAACUAGCCGAAGCUAUUGCUGCGAAUAGAUCAAUUCCGUCCGUCCGGCCGCAAAAGGAUGAUCAUCUCAGAAACAUUUACUUGGAUUCCUGGCCUAAAUGUUCAGCAUCUGCUUUAGACAAUUCUGAAAAAUGUUUGUGGAUUUUGCAACAAUCGUCGGGACAUAAAACUGAGGCGACUGAUGAUGUUCCAGAAACUGUUGAUUUGCAAUCAGAGGAAUUAGUUCCGAUUGAAGAGAAUAUCGGAGGAACUGAAGCAAUUCCCUCUGCUGAAACUCAAGUUUUGGAAACCGGAGAAAACGAGCCGAGUCAAACAGUUGAAAAAGACAUGGAACAGACUCAAUUGAUUGAACCUGAAGCUUUGGAAAAGAAUCUUGAAACUGUUGAACUAUGCCAAGAAGUUGAAGAACAGGUUGAAACUGUGGUACAACCGGAUGAAACCACAGAACAUGAAGAAAUCCCUCAAAUAGUUGAAGAUUCAGAGAAGGAAACAAUUAAAGAAGAACCUUGUCAUCCAUCAGUUAUCAGUUGGGCUACUGUAGUUGCCACCAGCAAACCAAUAAUUACAGAAACCAAAGAAGAUGAAGAGGAACCAGUGCGACCCAAACGUCCGUUGCCCACUUUGAUCGUGGUUGGAGAGAGCGAACAGCCAGUCGCUGUUCAAACCGAUCCGGAUUCGUUUACUGAAUUUGUAUGUCGUAGCGAACGUCGUCGCAGGAAAUGGAGAUCAUCCCAAUCUGAAUCUCAAGACUACACCACUGACGAAGAGCAUGUCGAAACAGUUUCAUUGGCUGUCAAAGACAAACCUGAAGAGCAAACCGUCGCAUCCGAGCCUGUCGAAACCAUUGCUGAGCAUCCAGUUAUCCUUCCAUCCACAGAUGUUGUAAAAGAAAAAGAAUCCGACGAAGAAGAAGUCCCUGAUGUUCCAUCAGCCCGUCCCAAGGAACGCAAAACUAAAACACCAAAAGCCUCAAUUCCAUUGAAAGAGACGGAACAAAGAAGGCGUCGGGCGAGGCUUUCUGAGUCGGAAAAAGAAUCUUUGGAUUUGGCUGAGGCCAUUGAACAUGGAGAUCCAAUUCCAGUGCUGUAUCAUAACCUUCAUGCCGAUUCAUGGCCUCAACAUACAACAUCGACUUCUGAAAACCUGUGGGCAGCGUUGCAACAAUCCCCGCAGAACAACCGGAACUUCCGAUGCUAUUCCCAAAAUUGCUGAAGUCGAAUAUAUCCAAAGCGAACCAACCCAACUUAUGGAAUCGAAACUUCCGGAUCUCGAAAGUCUGUUGGUAGCGCCGGAACAAUCUCCGGAAACAACCGAUCCUAUUCCCGAAGUGGCUGAAGUCGAAUCUAUCCAAAGCGAACCAUCCCAAGUUACUGAAUCUACUCUUCCCAAUUCUGAAAACCUUUCGGAAACCCUACAAGAGUCUGCCCAAAA